AGGGAAGAGACUGGGGAACCCGUAAGCAGAGUGAGAAGAGUCUUCUCUUGCUGUUGUUGGAGGCUUUUGCAGUGACACUUGUGAUUUGCUCUCCUGCCGUCUGUGAUUUGACGCACUCUUUCUAAUUUGGAGCCCGAGCAGCUGGCCAUGGAGCACGAGCCAUACGAUAGCAGCGGAACUGAUGACGACCUUCCUCCAUCACACCAAAAUAGAAUUCCUCGAGGGGGUCGUGUUGCAGGGAAUGGAAGGUCUGCUGUGGCUUCUGUCCCGUAUUCCAGGAUGUAUGGUGACACUGGCAUGGAAGCACAAAUUCAUCAGCUUGAGAAAGAAGCAUACAGUUCAGUUCUAAGAGCCUUUAAAGCUCAAGCUGAUCAAAUUACUUGGGAAAAGGAAAGUGUGAUAACAGAACUUAGAAAGGAGUUGAGGUUAUCGAAUGAGGAGCACAGAGAACUUCUGGGACGGGUUAAUGCUGAUGAUGUCCUACAGAGGAUAAGGGAGUGGAGACAGGGAGGUGGAGUUCAACUGGGCAUGCUCAAUACUGUUCAAGCUGUUCAUGAUCCAUUGCCGAGUCCUACUGUUUCUGCAUCUCGGAAGAAACAGAAGACUACACAAUCAAUACAUUCUCAAUCCUUUGUAGCCCCAUCACCACCAUUUCUUCCACAGCCAUCAACAACAUCCCACCAGCCAUCUUCAUCUAAUGUAAAGAGAGGAUCUGUCCCAGUCCCAGCCCCAGCAGCCAAGGGCAAGAAACAUAAAUCUGGUCAAAUUUUACCUGGUGCUUCUUCAAUAAAGCCGCACCCUUCUUCAGGAAGGGGUCCAGUUUCUAAUAGAGUCUCUUCUGGUGCAAUUAGGAAUGAGCCUGUGGAAGGAGCGACACUUAAUCCUUUCAUUGGGAAAAAAGUUAGGACUAGGUGGCCCGAGGACAACAGCUUUUAUGAAGCUGUUAUAACGGACUAUAAUGCAGCUAAGGGAUUACAUGUACUAGUCUACGAUAUGAAUUCUGCUGAUGAAUCGUGGGAAUGGGUUAAUCUAUCAGAGAUAUCUCCUGAGGAUAUUCAGUGGGUAGACGAAGAUCCUGGUAUCUCUCAUCGUGGGGGUUAUGGUGGAUCAGGGCAUGGGAUGAAUAGAUCUGUAGGCCGUGACAGUGUUCCAGGUUCUGGAAGAGGUAGAGGAAUCCGAAAGGGUCAAUCAAGAAAAGAUUUUUUGCCAUCCCAGAAUGGCAUUGGAAAGAAGGCGCCAGAUGAUAUACAUUUACUUCACACAGAUACUUUAAUUAAGGAGGUAGAGAGAGUCUUUGGUGCAAAUCAUCCAGACCCUGUUGAAAUUGAUAAAGCAAAGAAAGUUUUGAAAGAUCAUGAACAAGCACUUAUUGAUGCAAUUGCAAAGCUCACAGAUAUUUCUGAUGGUGAAAGUGCUGAGGUUGGCCACCAAUUCUUACGUGGGCAACCAAUGGAUUGAGAAUGGUAGAAGGAUUGAAGCAGCAAAGUGCAUAUUAUUGGUGGUAAGAGGCUGGAAGGGAGCAAUAGUGAGGUAGGGGAAUUACAAGGAAGCCAGAAGGGAAAGAAAGAGAUCAGGUUCGAAGGCCACUCUUUUGUUGUUAUUAUUACUCUCACCCCAACAUGUAAGAACUCUGGGCUUGGGGGUCUUGAGGAUAUAGGCAGAUUAUUGUAGAAUGGAGAGUUACUGUAGAUUGGGUAAUAAUAAUUGAUUUAUAGAUAUAGCAGGAGGAAUUAACAACCUAGGUAAAGGCGGAUGAUGCUUGUGUAACAUUAUUCAUUAAUAGUGAUAGAUCAGUGUGCAUGC